UUAACACAGGCUGAGUGGUAGUCUUCAUAAUGAGUAAACUGACCUUUAUGUGUAAAAUUGGUGAAUUGGCCCUUUAAAUCACCCUGAGCUAAAAGGCCCAUGUGACUUUUUCCUUCAACACCAGGUGUCAGUCUAAAACACAUGAGCAUUUUUCCUGCAGAUACUGUAUUUCCCAACGUACCACCUGGACAGACAGACUGGAAGACACACCACUGUGCAUGCAUGCCUAUCUCUGACUUGACAUGUUGACAGCUGCCUAACAGUCUUACAUUUUUAUAUCCCCCACCCCCCUUCUUGUUUUUCUGAACUCUAUCUCUCUCCCAUGGCGUGCCUCAACCUGUGCUCUCCGCCUCGCGAGAGCUCAUGCUAAUUCUUACGCUGUGAUUUGCUGUUUUCGGUGGGGUACUGUGUACCCACUGCACGAUCUGAUUGGCUUUUUGAGUGACCCUGCAGGUUUGAGGGGGAGCGGGCUUCCACUAUUACCACAAAGAUUGGGUGAGAGAUAGGCUUAAUGACAGAGGCUACAACUUAGAUGAGAGCAGCUGUAGAGGAAGAGAGCAAACAAAGAGGGGGCAGUAAGAAAAGAAAGCGACAUUAUGAGAUAGAAAUAUUACAAAGAGAAAGAAAGAAGUUAAAUCCCAGAGUGCCUUGGUGGACCCUGUGAACAGACAUGAAUAAUCGCUCCAUCGCCUGGUGGCUGAGACAGAUCGGCCUGCCCCAGUACACCAAGACACUAGAAAGUGAAUAUUAUGGUCUUGAGGGUUUGCUGAAUGUAACUGAUGGAGAGCUGAAGGAUGCAGGGAUAGAGGAUGCAACACACAGAGAGACCAUCCUCAACCAGCUUUCAAGACACAGAGAGAGACUGGAUCCACAUUCUGCUGUACAGGGCCUGGGGCGCAGGGUGAGCCGAAAGUACUCCCUGGGGUCGUCUAUGGACCUGGAGAAGCCAAAGAAGGACCUGUUUCGUCAGAGUGUUCUGCCACGCCUCCAGCGCGCUGACAAAAAACACCGCCUGUCUGCCUCCUGCUCGCAGCUCCGCCCCCUGAAUGAGGACAACGCUCACAUCAAUGAGAGAGACCGCUGUCAGGACAGCAAACGCAGCAAGAGGAGGAGUGUCAGCGCAUACCUCAGCCAGCUGAAGGUUUUUGGAGGUCGGAGAGAGAUGGACUCAUUAAAGAGGGAGCUAGAGGAGGAACUGAAGCUCAGCACUGAAGACCCGAGAAGCCAUGCAUGGUACCACGGACCACUGACCCGAGAGGCAGCAGAGUCUCUGUUUGAGAGGGAUGGAGACUUCCUGGUCCGAGACUCAAGCUCUGCCCCCGGCGACUACGUUUUGAGCUGCUUUUGGAAGAACGGGCCCAUGCACUUUAAGAUCAUACGAGUGGUCCUUCGUCCCAAAAAGGGCUACUCUCGGGAGCUGUUCCAGUUUGAGGAGGAUCGCUUUGACAAUGUUCCUGCUCUGAUCCGCUUCUAUGUGGGUGGGCGUCGGCCCAUCUCCCAGGCCUCAGGCGCUGUGAUCUUUCACCCAAUCACACGGACCCUUCCUCUGCGUGCCAUCAUGGAGAAGCAUGCAGAGCCCAAAAGCAGCAGCAGUAGCAGCAGCAGAGGUGCAGGGGGAGAAAAGCACACUACAACCAACAAAAGACGCAGCCUCAGCUCUACAGACACACUGCAGGUCAACAAUCCGCUGCUAAGGAGUGGAAGUCAGCCUGCUAAUUUGGAGAAUGUGGGACGGAGGCCUUCACUUCAGUCUGCACAGUCUGACAGCAACCUACGAACUGGUGUUCCACAGACCACUCAGCCAGAGGACACAGGCCCCGCCCCCAUCUCCCCAGUGUUUCGCACAGGCAGCGAACCCCUGCUGAGCCCACGACCACGACACACACGCCCCUCCCAUCCAGGUGGUGGUGUAACUUUGCGAGGUUCAGAUGGACAGCUGCACCCCAGAGCUCCUCCUAAACCUCUCAGGGUCUCUGCUGUUUUCCCCAACAUGAUGCCUCCUCCGCCCACAGACUCGGAUGAGGACCCCUCUUCUCUCUACACUGAGCUGGUCAUCCAGCUGCCACAGUCCCAGCGGAAGGGCCACGUGGACCGCUUACGUGCGGAAGAGAAGUGGCAGAGCCGUGCAAGACUCACAGAAACUUCCUUUGGCUUCCUGGAGGCCCAAAAGACCGAGGCAUCACCACACCUGCCAUUUGACAAAGCGCUGCAGGGGAAGGCAGAGAGGAAGUGGCAAGACUGGCAUUUUGAACGGCCACAUAUGGAGUCAAGGUCAUGUUUCCAGUUGGAUGAGUUUGAGUCACUUCUUUUACCGGAGAACAACCGACCUCUGGAUCCCAACGUCCUGCUGGCAGUCAAAGAGCUCUUCAACCGCUCCAAUGUUAACACCACCGCCCUGCACAUGCUCAGUGUCGACUGCCAGGUAGCACGCAUCGUUGGAGUGACGGAUGAGCAGAAGAGGAUUAUGGGGGUUGAAUCAGGGCUGGAGCUUGUUACUCUACCACAUGGACACCAGUUACGACAGGAUUUGUUAGAAAGGCAUCAUGUAAUAGCACUGGGAGUUGCAGUGGACAUCCUGGGCUGCACAGGGACUGUGAGCCAGAGGGCAGCUGUUUUACAUAAAUUUAUCUCAUUGGCUCAGGCCCUGAAAGAACAUGCCCACAAUCUCUACUCCUUCUCAGCUGUGAUGAAGGGUCUGGAAAUGCCUCAGGUGGAGCGACUGCAGAUGACGUGGCGGGCGCUGAGGAGGAACCACACAGAGAGUGCAGUUUUAUAUGAGAAGAAACUCAAACCCUUCAUGAACUCACUCAGCGAUGGGAGACGGUAAGUGGUGGAUUCUGUAGUUCAGGGUCCUGUAGCCAUGCCACACCUUGUUCCUUUGCUGAUGGUGAUGGAGGGCGAGGACCCAGUGGAGAACAGUGACAGAGGCUGUGAGCUUCUCUACGAUGUUCUCCAAUCAGCUCGCAGUGCUGCGCUACAUGCCAAAGAUUAUCAGAAGCACGCGCACACUCUGCUCACAGGAGGCUGGGAGCCCAUCCCUGAGCUGCUGGAGGCUGUCCGGACAGAGUUCGCCCUGCGACUGCUCUGGGGUCAGACGGGUGCAGCAGCGGCCAGACAGGAGCGCUACGAGAAGUUUGACAAAAUUCUUUGCGUUCUCUCUGAUAAACUGGAACCUGUGGAGGCCUCCCCACAACAACCUGAGCUGCAGGACCUGUCUUACUAAAUGAAAGGUGAAAUCAAGAAAAGACCAAAGAGAGAUGGUUUCAGUUUUGUUGUGUCAAGGUAGCACGGGCAGAGAUCUGACCCCUGACGUCACACAGACGAAGAAGGAGAUGGUAUUUUUUCCUUUACUUUCUGAGGUGCCAGUGACUCUUGGCUGAGCUUGUCAAGUGACAGCUUAACCAUAACUUGUAAAAAAUUAAUUUUAUCUGCAAUGUGUGGACAGACCUUUACUGUGAAAAGGACUGUGUUUUGUAAUUUUGUAGAAAUCUGAAAUUGUUUACCCCAAAACUUGGGUAAUCUGUUUACUUUUCCAAAUGAGCAUUAGAAACAUUGUUAAAACUGAGUUCAUUCCUUUUAUACAUGAACUGCUGCUGUAAGGCACCACACUGGAAUUUUUUUCACAUCAGUGUUUCUAAAGCAAUAAAUGAAUGUGUUUACUUUU